CCCAUAAUAAUCCUGCAGACACACCUGUAGAGGAGAGUAUAAAGAGCCUGGACAGCACUGAGUCAAACAUAAAGCAUCAGGAGUCUCUCCUCUCCACAGAAGCUCCACAGCCUCCACACCCACCCUGAAGAUGACUCCCAGUGUCAGCCUGCUGCUGCUGCUCUUGCUCGGCCUCUCACAGGCUCAUCCUCUCCAGGAGGAGGUAAUGGAAGAAGACGUUCCUGAGAACACCAUGGAUAUUUCAACCAGGAUUCUGGCCUCAAACAACGCCAUAGAUGAGAUACAUGAGGAGGAAAUUGAAGAAGAAGUUCCCGAGGGCACCAUGGACAUCACCACCGGGAUUCUGACCUCAAACAAUGCCACAGAUGAGAUCCUGCUGGAAGGAGACCUGGUCGCUCCGAGAACCCGGAACGCCAUGAAGUGCUGGUCUCAGAAGUGCCUGUGGAGGAAAGCCUCAAACGGUCAGGUGGUGAUCCCCUUCACCCUGAGCAGAGAGUUCAGCAGCAUGGAGAGGCAGAAGAUCGACCGUGCCAUGAAAGCCUUCCAAAGAAGGACCUGCAUCCGCUUCGUCCCCCGUCAGAACCAGCGCGACUACAUCAGCAUUGAGAACAGAGGCGGAUGUUUCUCCUCUCUGGGCAGAGUGGGAGGCAGACAGGUGCUCUCUCUCAACAGGGGGGGCUGUGUCCAAAACGGAAUCAUCCAGCAUGAGAUCAACCACGCUCUGGGCUUCAACCACGAGCAGACCAGGAGCGACCGCGACAGAUAUGUCAGGAUCAACUGGGGGAACAUCAACCAGGGGAUGGCCUACAACUUCUACAAGAAGGACACCAACAACCUGAACACUCCCUACGACUACUCCUCCAUCAUGCACUACGGAAGAACAGCCUUCGCCAUCCAACGGGGGAGGGACACCAUCACCCCCAUCCCCAACUCCAACGUCCGGAUCGGCCAGAGGCAGGGCAUGUCCUCCUUGGACAUCAUGAGAAUCAACAGGUUCUAUAGCUGCUAACAAAAAUGCUGAUGCAAAAUACAGAAAAUUCACCCUUUACUGUAUGUGUUUUACUGUUAUUAAAUAAAACCCAUAAUCUCUGCAAGCAAUGGUAAAGAUCACAUUUCUUUUGACUAUGUUCUCUCAAAC